UGCAAAUUGGAACUCUUGAUUCCAAACUUGUAUCAAGCUUGUGACGAUCCCGCAGAUCUUAUGAUGUAAUGAUUUUUCAGCCUUUUCAAUGGUGACACCGCAUAUGACGUAAUUCAUUGAAAAAUUAAUUGAACUUUGUAUGUUAAGACUUCUUGUGUCAGGUAAAAUAAGGCACUGUAGCUAGAGACAAGCCAAAAAAAUUAUGAAGCAAAUCGUAACUACAUGGUUUUAUCGAAUUUUCUCGACAGAGGUUUUCAAUUGACGUCACUUGUGAAAUGACGUCACUGGCUUUUUAUGCCUUCGGCACCUACCUGAUGGUAACCGAAAAUGAGCCUUGAUUGUUGAGGUGUGGCUUUUGUGAACUGUUUGGGAGUCGGAUUGCCGAUAUUUUUUUGUUUCUAUCGGGUCUUCAUAGAAACUGGCUGGCACGCACCUGGCGCCCGGGCAGCCUCCUGCUGUAGGCGAUGGCCGCCAUUCGUAAGAAGCUCGUGAUCGUCGGCGACGGUGCCUGCGGAAAGACAUGUCUGUUGAUCGUCUUCAGCAAGGACCAGUUCCCCGAGGUGUACGUGCCGACCGUGUUCGAAAACUAUGUGGCCGACAUCGAGGUCGACAGUAAACAGGUGGAGCUGGCGCUGUGGGACACGGCCGGACAGGAGGACUACGACCGGCUGCGGCCGCUCUCCUACCCGGACACGGACGUCAUCCUGAUGUGUUUCUCAAUCGACUCACCCGACUCGCUGGAGAACAUACCCGAAAAGUGGACACCCGAGGUUAAACACUUCUGCCCAAAUGUGCCCAUCAUUCUGGUCGGAAACAAAAAGGACCUGAGGAACGACCCCAACACCAUCAAGGAGCUGAGCAAGAUGAAGCAGGAGCCGGUGAAGUCGGAGGACGGCCGCACCAUGGCCGAAAAGAUCAGCGCCUUCGCCUACCUCGAGUGCUCGGCCAAGAGCAAGGAGGGCGUGCGAGAGGUGUUUGAGACGGCCACCAGAGCUGCCUUGCAGGUUAAGAAGAAGAAGAAGAACCACUGUAGGCUGUUGUAGGCGCUGCUGUGUGCGUGGCUCGCUCGGCCACCUUCACCGCCGCCGCCCGGGGCCGCGCUCUGAUUCAAUAAUUCGGGGAGUGCGCGCGGCGGCCGCCGCUUCCAGCCCCGUACCGCGUGUAUCUGUAUCCGCGCUAGUGGCUCGCGCGCUGCCCGCCCCGCCCGCUCGCGCUGUCUGUCCGCUGCUUAGGCGCUGCAGCUACACGCAGUGCCGCUGUGACCUGUUCCAAGUCCGGCGAGCUACAGAGAGAGAGGAAGGGAGGGAGGAAGGCAGAGAACCGGGAGCACGAGUCAGCCGCUGUCUCCGCACCGCGCACGACCGACGCGCAUGUGGCAUUGUGUAAUCAGUAUCCUCCGUAUAUAUCCAAAACUACCGUUUAGUCGUAUGCGGCGCUUUGUCACAACUGCGGCGAGAUGCUGAGAUGUUUUGAUAUUUCCAUGGAUCCUUCGUACCAAUAAAUUUAUUUUAAAACCA